AUGCUUCGCAAUCAGGUUUUGAUCGUGGGGGCCCCCAAAUCUGGAAAGCUAACCAUUAUCAAGGGUAUGUCUCGUCGGGAACUAUCUAGGACGCACUAACUCUCACAGAAACCUUUGGCACGCUUCCCGAGAUCAUAUCCGAUGACACUCAUUCAGGGCUAACCCACGAAAUAUCACUCACUACCAAAUAUUACACCACAGAGGUAGGCGUGAUGAUAGACGAAUUCCAGGACCGCACCGAAACAAACACGCCCCAAGCCAAAGGGCUCACGGCGUGGUGCACCACUCUCCGCGACGAAGAGUGCCGCGAGCUAAGAGACGUAUUGAGCGGGGUGGUUUUCACAUUUAAUCUCAGUGAUUCCGUAGAUCAGAUUGACCACUACGGGUCUCAGUUGCUGCAAUUGUUUGAGACGUUUGACGAAGACACGUUUGCCGCUGACCCCGAGUCGUUUGGCUGGGGCGGUAUCAAGUUGGCAGUAGGGUUCCACCGUGACGACGACCCAAUGGUGCUGGAUGCGACGUUGGUACUGUUGGAAGAUAUCUUUAUCGAAAAUGGGGUGGAAUUUGUGGUGUAUCGGGAAACUGGUCUGGUAUCUGAUGAAGAGGGAAACAAGGUAGGCAAGCACCGGAUUAAAGAGAUCUUUGAGUCACACGAAUGGAGUGGCAUCGAUAUUGAGGAUAAGACUCCAAGAGAGAGAAAGACUGAGGACGUCUGCAGGUCCUUGCUAACCGAUGAAGAAUUAAAUUUGAACGAGAUCAUUUCCAAAAUCGCCAAAGCAAGGUUAGAUACGUCGGAGUUGCAGACGGACGAGGAGAAGGAGGCGCAUGCACAAAAGAUGGUGAACAGUAUAAUGGAGUACCUUGGGUAGAAAGAUUAAGUAACCCUUGUUUAUACGGUUGUUGAUUGUACUUUGUGGUUCCAUGCUCAUUACA